UGCAUUUGAAAUGAUUUCCUGGAUGGUGGGAGUUGUGGUUAAUCCAAAGCUCUUCUCUUUGUUUGUUCACUGAAAAGAAGAUGAAACUUUGGUUUUGAAUAUCAGAGUUUUUCUACAACAUUGAGAAAGAAAGUCAGCACUUAAUUUUCAUAUGUCUCUACAUCAAAAGGAGCUUGGUACAAGACACUGACUGCAUUUGACACUUUUCUCAAGAUUACAGAAUAACACAUUAAAUACUAUUCUUGGAACUGCUGUAAAUGACUGUACUGAGUCUAAAUUAUUCACAGAUAGAUAUGUGUUUCUUAAACUCACCUUGUGGGAACACUUAAGGAAACUGAACUGAUUUUAGGGUUUUGUCUGUCACAACUGUUGUCUGUUCAUAUUUCUUGUUGCUUUCUAAAGUGGUUCUGCUGUACCUUGGACAUUAAAUAUGGCUCGGGAUAAGGUAACUGAGGGACUUUGCUGCUUAAUUCCUUUGCUGUGUGGACCUUCUGACUGUAGCUUUGGAAUAUUUCAGCUACUGGAUCCACUCUCUUCUAAAAUCGCAUUGUCCAGAAGUGUUCUUUUAACUUUGUCUUGCAGCUGUCAGCCUGCAAUGUUCCACUGGAUCUCUGUGGGAACUAUUUUUUUUUUUAUUCCUGUUCCUUUUUUUGCUGAACAGCCCCAGAACGCUGUGGGAUCACCUUUCCAAGUAACUCAUUUCAUGCAAGUAAUCAGUUGGAGAGUUGGUGGCUUAUUGUGUGCAGGUGGAAAAGGAGAGUAGGUCUGUAAAGCUAUGUGUCUGUUCUCAGAUUACGGUGUGAAAGCCAGGGAAUGGGGCAGACAAGAGCUCAAUAGAUUCACAAAGUGAUAAGAGAAGUAUCUGACAAAGGAUAAUUUUCCCUCUCUGUUCAGAGCAGUCCAGAAGAAGGAUCUGUGUUCUCAAACUUUUCUUCCCUUUGAGUUACAGCUUCUUGCUCUCUCACACAGCCCUAAUUGAAGCAGUAGUUGGAGAGCUUUCAAUCUGUGACAGCCUUUGGUGGAUUGCACUUCAGCGUAGUUAACUUGAUGCAGCACAGUUGAGCGAGUUCAUUCUGUUUCAUUUCUGCAUCUCACAUGUUGCUGCCUUAGUGGCUGUGUCAGAAAGAGGAAUUGAAAGCUACUGCAGUGCUUCUUCUUGCUGGGACACCUUGUGCUUGGAAGUCUCUGGUGCUCUUGCGAGUUUCUUUUCUUACCUUUGUGAUGCCCUAGCAACACAAUGGGAAUACUGAAGGGUGAAAGCCUGUGUUUAGUGAUGUCAAUUGGGUUUUGACCUUCUGAAGUAUAUUCAGUCAUCAGAGAAGGUGUGCUGUUGCUGAUUCACAUUGAAUCUUGCCUUAUAUGCUUCUGCCAGAGGUGUUCCCAAGGACUAUACAAACCCCUUCAAUUUGUAUCUGUAACAGCUGGACUAAAACAUAUCAAAUGAAUACAAUCUACCAUUGAAGAAAGAAACCAGGAUUCAAGCAAUCAUCAAGAAAUGGGAAGCUGAUGCUGAUACAAAUUUGGUGCAACUUUUCUGCCUGGAACUACCUUCUUGAACAGAAUGCUCUUCGAGCUCAGAACCAAGUACUGAAAAAGGGGGUUGUGGAUGAGCAAGCAAACUCUGCAUCUCUGAAGGAGCAACUGAAGAUGAAGGACCAAUCACUGAGAAAAUUGCAACAAGAAAUGGACAGCCUGACCUUUCGGAAUCAGCAGCUUGCCAAACGGGUGGAGUUACUUCAAGAUGAACUUUCGUUAAGUGAAACUAGGGGCAAGAAGAACAAGAAAAGUGCAGAAUCUUCAUCUCAGUUGAGUCAAGAGCAGAAAAGUGUCUUCAAUGAGGAUCUUCAGAAGAAGAUAGAAGAGAAUGAACGACUGCAUAUACUUUACUUUGAAGCAGAUGAGCAGCAUAAACGUUUAGAAGCAGAGCUGAGAACUAAACUGGAAGUUCUGGAAACUGAUGCUGCCCAGCAUCAAGCUGUAGUGGACAGCUUAACAAGGAAAUACACAGAUACCAUUGAAAAGCUGCAGAAUGAUAAAUCCAAGUUGGAAAUCAAGUCUCAGACACUAGAAAGAGAAGCUAAGGACUGUAGGCUUCGAACCGAAGAAUGUCAGCAGCAGUUAAAGAAUCUUCAAGCAGCUUUGGGCAGUCGACUGGAAGAAUCUCUAUGCAUAAUCAAUGAAAAAGUACCUUUUAAUGACACAAGAUCUAAUCGGUACAAUGCUCUGAAUGUACCGUUGCACAACAGAAGAUAUCAGCUCAAGUUGCGAGACCUUGCUGGCCAGGCAUUGUCUUUUGUGCAAGAAAUUGUAACAGCUCUUCUGAAUUUUCAUACGUAUACUGAGCAGAAGGUCCAGAUCUUUCCCAUUGAUUCUGCAACAGACACUAUAUCGCCAUUAAAUCAGAAGUUCUCACAGUAUCUUCAUGAAAAUGCUUUUUAUGUUCGCCCUCUGGAGGAAGGAAUGCUUCAGUUGUUUGAGAGUAUUACAGAAGAUACUGUGACAGUCCUGGAAACAGCUGUGAAAUUGAAGGCCUUUUCAGAACACUUAGCUUCAUACUUAUGCUUUUUAAGAAAGAUUCUUCCUUAUCAGUUAAAAAGUUUGGAAGAAGAGUGUGAGUCUUCUCUUUGCACAGCUGCUUUAAAAGCAAGAAAUAUGGAGCUACACAGAGACAUGAAAAGGUUGACGGCGAUCUUUGAGAAGCUGCAUACAUACAUUAGUCUUCUUGCUUUACCAAGUACGAAACCAGAAGGACUACUUAGAACAAAUUACAGCUUGGUGUUUACAAACAUUGCUGCAAGCCUUCAUGCGUCUCAUGACAUCCUGAAAGAUAUUUCCAAGCACUACAGUCAAAAAGCUACACUAGAACAAGAUGUUCCAACUGCCACACAGAAGCUCAUAACUACAAAUGACUGUAUUUUGUCCUCCAUUUUGUCUUUAACAAAUGGAAUAGGCAAGAUUGCUUCGUUCUUUAGCAACAACUUGGAUCACUUCACUUCUUCGUUGAGCUAUGGCCCAAAAGGAGGAACAGAGUUCAUCAGCCCUCUUUCAGCAGAGUGUAUGCUGCAGUACAAGAAAAAGGCAGUUGCCUAUAUGAAGACUCUGAAGAAGCCUUGUGCAGAUUCAGUGCCUUAUGAAGAAGCUUUGGCCAAUCGCAGAGUCCUUCUGAGUUCCACAGAAAGUAGAGAAGGUCUCGCACAACAGGUCCAGCAGAGUUUGGAGAAAAUUGCAAAACUUGAACAAGAGAAAGAGCACUGGAUGUUGGAGGCCCAGCUAGCAAAAAUAAAACUGGAGAAGGAAAACCAAAAGCUGAAGAACUCUCUUAGUGGACAAUUAGCUGAAACUGUUCAAGAGUGUUCUGUUUUAUCAAAUAUAGCUGAACAAAAGGAGGAAACCACAGAGAAGAGUCAGAGGGAACCUAUCAAAAGUACUAGUCUGAUUGGGAUGUUGACUAUAACUACUGAUAACGAGAAGAUUCCAGAUGUUGAAUCUCGUGAAGACUUGAUUAAAAAACACUAUAUGGCAAGAAUAGCAGAACUUACAUCCCAUCUACAGCUUGCUGACAGCAAAUCAGUACACUUUCAUGCAGAGUGUCGAGCACUUGCCAAAAGACUGUCUUUAGCAGAGAAGUCCAAGGAAUCACUCACAGAAGAGUUGAAACUGGCUAGUCAAAGCAUCAGUAGAUUACAGGAUGAAUUGAUGACGACAAAGAGAAGUUAUGAGGAUCAGUUAAGUAUGAUGAGUGACCAUCUCUGCAGUAUGAAUGAGACUCUAACUAAACAAAGGGAAGAAAUUGACACACUAAAGAUGACUAGUAAGGGAAACUCUAAAAAGAACAAAACCCGAUAGCUCCCAGCUCAUCAGCUGUCUGUGGAGGCUGCUGCUGAAGAGAGUGCAGAUACUGUCUGGUGCCUCUUGUUACGGAAAGCAGGGUGGUGUUGGGUCUCGUGUGAACUGAUUUGGUGCUGUACAUGGCUUUAAAAUAUUUAGCACUUCCAACAGAUAGAACUUGGUAUUGUCUCUAAACCAGGACACGUACACUCUGUGGAUAGUUUGUAAUUACCUUCAGUUUUUACUGUGCACUUUUUAAAACUGGGUUUUAAUUUCCUCUAAUAACUUUGGCUUUUGUAUAUUUUUCAAAUAUGAUUAUGCAUUAAGAAAUUUGGUAUCAGUGCAGUUGUCUGUUUCUGAGUUAUGUUAAAUUGUCAACAGCUGUACACUCAGUUCUUGCUAAUGACAGUUUAAAAAUUAAUUUGGAAACUCUGGCCACGUGAGCUGUGCAGCUACUACUGUAAAUGUACUCCUGCCCUCUGAAAUGAAUUCAAGUGUCUUUAAAUGAUUUCUCCAAAUUCCCAUGGAUAAGUGGGAUCGUUCUUCAUCCUCAUCUUUUUUUUUUUUUUUUUUUUUUUUUUUUUUUUUU